AUGGAAUUACAGAUUUUGAUAACAUUAUUGUUGUUCUUGUUGUUAGUUUUAUUUCCUAUCUUUUUCCUUUUUCGAGGUAAGAAAUAUCCGGAUCGACUCCCACCCGGUUCUUUGGGAUUACCAGUAAUAGGGCAAAGCCUCGGCCUAUUGAAGGCAUUGAAAGCUGAUAAGGUCGAUAAAUGGUUUCAAGAAGGAAUAACAAAACACGGGCCUAUUUGGAAAGCCAGUCUGUUUGGAUAUCCGACAGUUGUUUUACAUGGUCCAACUGCAAAUAAGUUCAUCUACACCUGUGAUGGGAACAUACUCACCAACACACAACCACCAUCAAUUAGUAGAAUCUUGGGUUCAAAAAAUAUCAUCGAGUUGGCUGGCCAUGAUCAUAAACGAGUUAGAGCGGCUCUCACUUCGUUUCUAAAGCUUGAAGUGUUGAAGCAAUAUGCUGCAAAAGUCGAUGAAGAAAUCCAACACCACCUUCAAACGCAUUGGCAUGGUCAACAUGAGGUUCAGGUGCAACCCUUAAUUAAGACAUUAACCUUCAACAUCAUUUGCUCGCUUCUCUUUGGGAUUGAAAGAGGGCCUAAAAGAGAUAAACUCCUACCACAUUUCCAGCACAUGAUUGAAGGUGUGUUAGCAAUUCCAAUUAAUCUGCCGUUCACUCAAUUCAGUCGUGGGAUUAUAGCAAGAACGAAACUAGUACCAAUGCUUAUAGAUAUUAUACGUGAGAAAAGGGAAGCACUUCAAGAACAAAAACAAGCUAACCCUCUCGACAAAGAUCUUAUCACUUCGUUGAUUAGCAUUCACGAUGAUGAUGGAUCACCAACGAUGUCUGAUGAGGAGAUCAUCGACAACAUCAUCGUCGUGAUGGUUGCAGGAUAUGAUACAACCUCAGUUCUCCUCACGUUUUUGGUUAAACUUUUGGCUAACAAUGAAUCGGUCUACUCAGCCAUAGUUUGUGAACAAGAAGAAAUUGCUAAAAGUAAAGCACCAGGAGAAGCAUUGGCAUGGGAAGACCUUACCAAGAUGAAGUACUCAUGGAGAGUAGCAUCUGAGAUGCUAAGGAUAAAUCCUCCUGUGGCUUUGGCCUUCCGAAGAGCGAUGCAAGAUAUUGAGUAUGGAGGAUUCAUAAUUCCUAAAGGAUGGCAAGUGUUGUUGUCUUCGUCCAUGACACACAUGGACAAUGACAUCUUCCAAAACCCGACCUUGUUUGAUCCAACUCGUUUUGAGAAGCAUUCACCACAGCCACCAUCUUUUAGUUUUGUAGCAUUUGGAGCAGGGCCAAGGAUGUGUCCCGGUAUAGAGCUAGCGAAAAUGGAAACCUUAGCUAUGAUUCAUCGCUUGGUGACACAGUUCACGUGGGAGCUUCUUAAGGAAGACGAAUGCUUUGUGAGAAAUCCAAUGCCAGAAUUCAAUCAAGGAUUGUUCGUUAGGAUCACACCCAUAAAAGCAACUUUUAUGUCAUCUAAACCAUCAUUGUAG